AGAGAGAAAAGGAGAACAGCGAAAGAGUUAAUCAAAGAGUGAGAAACAAAUUUGAAGAGAGAGAGAGAGAGAGAUCGGAGAUGUGUAGUUUAACCAGUCCGGCCGGCGAAGUUAAUCAGAGCAAGAGAAGAUCGAAGAGGAUCAGGAAGAGGAAACAGAUGGAAUCAACUUACAUGGACAAGUCUCCUUCGAAUCCCGAAACGUCUCGUAAGCAGAUCAGGAAGAAGACGAAAAGACCCAAGUUUCUCAGUCUCAAGCUCGAACUCGGCACCUCUCAUGAGAUCGAAGAGAGUCCCGGAGCCACGAAGAGCAAGAAGAAGAAGAAACACAAACCAUCGAAACAGAGCAAGUCGAAAGGAGUCGAUACGACGCCGUUUAAGGAGAAUAAGAGAGCGGAGACUGUGGGAGGAGAGAAAGAAGAAGAGCAGUACGACACCGUUGCAGCUUACCUCUUCAGCUCCGCCACCGACAGCUCAAUGUCCUCGAUCCAAGAUCUCCUCCCUUCCUCCGCCGUCCACGUAGAUUGCGGCGGAGGAAGGAAUCUGCCUCCGUACGACCGUCGGGAGCAUGGCGGGUCGUCUUCUUCUUCGCUUUUAAAGACGGCGAUGAGGAAAGGAGCGAGCAAGGAAGAGGAGACGACGGAGGAGCGUUGGGUGAGUUAUUCGGAGGUUGUGGAGGAGGUGAUGAGCCGGAGCGGAACUCCACGGUGUUGCGGUGGAGAUGGAAAAGAUGGACGGCGUUCGCUGGCUCUGAAGCUUGAUUAUGAGCAGAUCAUGGAGGCUUGGUCGGAUAAAGGUACUCUUUAUGUCGACGGAGAACCGCCGCAGACGGUGCCGGACUUGCAUGCUUCCGCUGAUGUGUUUACUGGCGGCGGAGACUCAGGGAGUUUGUGGACGGUGCCGGAGAUGGAGACGACGGAGAGGUUAUGGAGAGGGCAUAGAGAAGCCAGCUUGCUCCGGUAUAAGGAGAAACGACAAAACCGUCUUUUCUCUAAGCGGAUUCGAUACGAAGUUCGUAAACUCAACGCUGAGAAACGUCCUCGUGUUAAGGGCCGGUUUGUGAAGAGAGACGAUUAGUAAAACCCACUAAGAACUGGUGGUUUAGACUUGUGGUUUGUGGACAUACUAGUCUAUUGAAAUAACCAAGAGGCGGAACCGGAGUAGACCGAGACAUGAAAGGUGUUGGUCUGUAUAGGGGUCUCGACCAGCUCGGUUAUGCAAAACUUUCGGUUUGUUUGCAGCUCUAUUAUUGGAAAAUUUAACUAAUUUGUACCAAAUCAUCUGAACAAAUAAUAAUAACGAAAGUGGAUAUCAACCACGCAUCAUAUUUUUUGUUUUA